AUGAAGUAAAAACACCAGGAACCAUCAGAUGAACCACAACAAAUAAUUCUGUAUAAGUGCACCGUUGGGCGUCGCAUUGUUUCGCCUUAUUGAUCAACUGUGAAGUUAAUGCUGAAGUAUAAAUCAAAACAAAAACAAACAUGUUUUGUUAAUAAAGGUCUUUAACGUUAUUUUCGCUAGAAAAUGUCUCGUCUGGUGUUCUGUCUCACUAUCUAUGUAAUUUGUAAUCUAUCAGAUACACGUGUUAGUUGUUAUGAAAAUGUUACAUCUACAUCAGUGGAAGGUGCAAGCUUAUACGCUCACAACUUUCUUCGGGCAUUGCACGGUGUAUUGCCUGUAAAAUGGAACAAGACAUUGGCUAAAGGUGCAGAAUCAUGGGCAAGGGUAUUGGCGAAUAAAUCGAAGCUCAUGUUGUCAAACUAUAGUGAAUAUUUUUCUGAGAAUGUUUAUGCAUUGCGUGGAACAGAUGAACCACAAUCAGCUUAUAUUGCUACUCAUAGAUGGUACAGUGAGAUCAAAAACUAUCCUUUCGACGAUCACAACAUUACCAAAGAAAAUUAUCUCUCCUCAGCCUUCUCAGCAUUAAUAUGGGACGAUGUUAAACAGCUUGGCAUUGGUGUAUCACAUCAUAUUGGAACAAGGGAGUCGUAUGUAGUGGCACGCUAUUCACCAAAACCCAACAUUGGAAAUUUUAGCGCACAUGUGAAACCGCCUCUCAAAUUUAAAAAAGAUAAAAAGAUUGUUAUACCACCGCUAGAAGAUUUAAUAAAACCAACUGAUCCCGAAGCAAAGAAGAGCUUAUAUUUGUAAGUCUGUGAUGUAUACAUUAGGUGUACACCGCCAUUGCCUGCCCAAUUUCCCUUACAUAGGAUGGGUUGACCCGUAGCUGUAGCUGUCGCAAAGACACUUGCUAAACAUGCCUGCGCUGUCGUCGGAACCACAGACCUUGCGAUUACAAAGCGAACUCUAUAACCACAAGACGCCACAUUCACAUUCAUAUUCAAAAAGACCCUCUUUUUACACUCUUUAGAAUUUCUGCUAAUGAGCAUGUUAAUUUGAUGAGCAUCUCAGUGAUGUUUACCUUGUGUGUGUAAUGAUUGUUUUAUGUCUAGAUAGUUCAGCAUCUGUUUCCCAAGAAAGUCUCAAUAUAAUUUGAUUUGAGCGAUCAACUAGCUAAGCAUUUUUGGCAACUCUAAAAGCAACUUUGUCUACAGUGCUGAAACAAGAGCAGAUCGAACUACAAAGUAAUCCUUUGUAUCCUGGUGUAUUCCUGACAAAUUUUCAAUACACAUAUACUUGGAUAUUUGGUAACUGAAACUUUACAGAAAAGCUGACUAAAGAGCGAUGCUUAGUGGCAAACUGUUCGAAAUUGAACAAGAAUGGCAGCUUUAAGACAAAGUUCAGUUAUCGCAACUGGAAAUGCAUUACGGAAAGACAUUUAAAUAGACUUUAUUUUAUGAUCUGCUACAAUGGAUUGAAAACACUUACACAACAGUUACUCAAAACUUUGUAAUUUAAUAAUUGAUUAGUAUAACCUUCCAACA